AUGGCGAGCCUCUCAGUUCUCGUGUGUGGUGGCGGUAACGCGGCACACGUCUUCGGCGGCCAGCUCGCCGCAAGGCACGUGAAUACGUGUCUCCUGACUACCUUUCCAGGCGAAGCAGAGAGACUGUCAGCAGGCGGCCUGAGCGACGACCAUCACGACAGAAGCCACCUGGGCUCACAGCGCGCACUCCGCGCCCCUCAUAUUACCGUCAAGAAUUGGCCAUUGGAUGACAGCGGCACAAAAUUUGGCAUCCUCCGUGGCUCACCGACGGUCUGUGCGUCCUUCGAGGAGGCUUUCAGGAACACCACCCGAUACGAUGCAAUUAUACUUGCGUUGCCUGCCUUCGCGCACGACACCUACCUCGCGGGUAUUGCGCCCUAUCUGAAGCUAGAGGACACGCGACACAAUCCCACGGUGAUCUGCGCGGCGGUUGCUCAAGGCGGGUUCGACCUAGCUGCGAGGGCUGCGUUAAACGAGGCUGAGGUCACUGCGCCGGUGGUUAUCGCGGGCUUUGAGACACUCCCCUGGGCAUGCCGCAUUCUGAGGCCCGGAAGAGAAGUUGAAGUGCUCGGCGCAAAGGAGACAGUGGACGUGGCCAUAUCAUUUUACCCAAAUCAAACGAAAGCGUCUGUCCAGAUCACCAUGGAGACGCUGCAAACAGUCGUCGGUCGAUGUCCCACAGUCAAACUCGCUUCGGGCUUCCUGGGUGUCACGUUGAUGGACAUCAACUGCUUGUGGCACCCAACGCUGAUGUACCACAGGUGGAGGGAUUGGGACGGCCAUGAUACUUUCACUGAGGCGCCCCUGCUUUACGAGGAAUGCAGUGACGAGGUCGGUGAGUCGCUGAUGGCAAUCUCAGAUGAAGUUGCAGCCGUCUGCAAAAAGAUCCGAAACACUUUCCCCGGUGUUCUGCUUGACGAUCUCUCCAGUGCACGAUCCUGCGUGGAAUGGUUUCUUCGCUCCUAUGGCGACGAGCCGGGGCUCGAUAAAAGUUCCGUCGCAACCAUGAUGAGGACCAAUCGAGCUUACCACGGCCUCCGUCACCCGAUGAAGCAUCGUGUGAAAUACGACGAACACGGAUCCGCAAUUCCGGAGGCCAACGCUCCGCUGGUCCCUGACUUCUCUCACAGGUACUUGACUGAGGACGUUCCCUUCGGGCUCGUGGUAUUGAGAGGCAUCGCCGAACUAGCCGGUGUCCCCACGCCGACUAUCGACAAGAUUUUGCUCUGGGCGCAGAAUGCAUCUGGUGUGCGAUACCUGGUCAGACGCACUAUAAAUUUGGAAGACGCGGAGGCUGACUUUGACCAAUCCGAGGCGAACACGUCGAACUUCACCUUACGCGGUGAGCAUGUCUUCCGCACGCGCUGCCCCCAAAGAUUCGGCUGGUUCGAGCUUAACCACUUCAUGGUUGACAAUGGAUACGUCACUUCUGCCUCCACAUCAAACACGGAAGGCACCUUGUUCGGUUCCACAAGGAAGACCUCUGCCACUGACAUUACCAAGUCUGCUGGCGCUGCAUGA